CAGGGGCUGAUCUGACAUUUGGAGAGCACUUGCAAACAGAAGUGCAGCAGAAUGAAGAAGAUCACCUUCUUUCUGAUUCUACUUGCUGUGGAUGACGUGGUCUCUUCCAGCAAAAAUGCUAUCAGCAAUCGGGAAAAGCGGGAUGCUGUUCUUAUUCGUUCAAAGAGAAGAUGGGUUCUGUCCACCAUCGAUCUGGAAGAGAACAUGCCUGGACCGUAUCCCGCUAUAGUAACAACGCUGUACAAUGACAAAAAGGCGGACACCACCGUCAAGUUCUGCAUCAAAGGACAAGGGGUGACAGAGAAACCCUUUGGUUUGUUUACCAUUGAUGAAAACACAGGGACUGUAUACGUACACCGGCCCAUCGACAGAGAAGAGUACCCCUUGUUCCACGUGGACUUUGAUGUGCUGGACAGGAAAACUGAUGCCACUGUGGAUAAAACACUGUCAUUUAAUGUAGAAAUCAAGGACAAAAAUGACAAUAGUCCUGUGUUCACUACGAACCCUAUCAGCUUAUACCUUCCAGAGAACACGCCUGAAGGCGUACUCCAAGCAACAUUACAAGCUCAUGAUAAUGAUCAGAAGGAUACUCUUAAUUCCCAGUUCACCAUGAAGGUGGUGUCACAAUACCCUGCCUCACCAAACAUUACCAUCAGGGACAUGCAUGGGACAAGUACAGUCCAACAGCUCACCUUCACAGGAUGCUUUGAUUAUGAUAAAGCAAAACAAUAUAAAGUGCUUGUUGAAGCGAAGGAUCAAGGUACACCUCCAAUGUCUUCAACUGCAACUGCCAUUCUGUUUAUCACUGAUUCUAACACCCAUCCCCCAGAAUUCAGUUCGGCCACGUACAACACUCGGGUGGAUGAAAUGGAAUUAAAAGAGAUUCUAAGAAUUGGCAUCAAAGACAUGGACGCACCAAACACACCUGCUUCAAGAGCGGUGUUCUCCAUCACGAAGGGCAAUGAGGAAAACAAUUAUAAGAUUGAGACAGACCCCAAAACCAAUGAAGGUGUGCUGUCUGUUGUCAAGGGGAAGAAUUUCCUGAAAACUGAGACCGUAGAGCUGGAGAUAGAAGUUGAGAACGAGGAGCCAUUAUUUCAGUGUGUUAACGGAAAGCCCGUAACAGGUACCAAACCAAAACCAAACACUGCCAAAGUGGCAGUGGAAGUCAUUGAUUCGAACGAUCCCCCCGUGUUUAAGAAUCCAGCAGAAAAAGUCUACCGGAAUGAAAAUGGACCUAUAGGAGACGUGCUGUUCGUGCCUGAGAUCAAAGAUGAGGACUCAGACAUUAGCAAACUCAGGUAUGAGAUAGUGCAAGACCCAGCCCAAUGGGUGAGUGUGGAUCAGAAGACAGGAACGAUCACAACAGUUAAAACGAUGGACCGGGAGUCUCCAUUUGUCAAAAAUGGCAUCUACACAGUCAAGGUGCUUGCUAUAGAUGACGGAGAGCCUGCAGGUACAGGUACAUGUACCGUUAUGGUCCACCUAGGUGACUUAAACGAUAAUGCUCCCGAACUCAUCUCCAAAAGUACGGUCAUGUGCGGGAACAAAGUCGAUCGUGUGGAUGUGUCACCAAGAGAUCUUGACAACGCUCCAUUUGCAAAUCCUUUUACCUUCUUUCUGGGAAGGGAAGAGCUGAAGAGCCUCUGGAAGCUGGAUCCCACUACAGGAACAAACACAUCUCUGAUCAGUUUGACGAGUCUGUCGUAUGGAAACUACACCAUUCCUCUGAAGAUCCAGGAUCAGCAAGGGCUGCAAGCAGAAGACGUUCUUCAGGUGGUUGUGUGUGAUUGUAAAGUGGGGACCAACACGUGUCGUGAUCGUCUGCCUCACUCCAUAAGACUGGGUCCGUUAGCCAUCGGUCUCCUGUUGGCUGGACUUCUCCUAAUGGCCCUUCUACUCCUUUCUUUCUACUGUAACUGUAAAAGCAAGAACUUUCACCACAUUCCUCUGAACCUGCAUGAGGAGGGCAUCCAAACCCUUGCCAAAUACAAUGAGGAGGGAGGAGGCUCAAUCUAUAAGCCAAAUUUAGGGUAUGCUUCACAUGCCAGUUGGAAGGAAAACUUGAAAAUUUCUUCUGCACCGCCUGAGUACCUGCUUACUGAUGGAUACAGGAACGAUUUGAGAAGCUCUUCAGGGUAUGGCGUUCAGAACAGCUGGCAGGAAAUGUCCAGUGGUGUAGGAGUGAUGAACAUGCAACAUCACAACAUGUCAAUGGUUCGAAGGGACAAGGAAAGCUUUAGGAAUGAAAGCCGCCGGAUGUCCCGCACACACAGCGUUGCUCGGACAGACAGGAACCUGGCAGAACACAUUGAGAGGAAAAUCAGUGGGAUUUUGGAAGAGCAGAGGGACUUUCCAGCUUAUUCCCCGUAUCAGUAUGAACAUGAAGGGGGCGGUAGUGACUGCCAGUCACUGGAUCAGCUGACGAUCAGUAACCACGGUGAUAACCUGGAUUUCCUGCACAACCUCGGGCCCAAGUUCAACACUCUGGGUGGGAUCUGUCGACAGUCAGUGGAGAGUCCGAAUAUCCGGCUGUGAAAAUGGAUGAAAAUGUGAGGCUUACUAUCCUCUCACAUUUCUAUAAUGCUUGUUGCUACAAAUGGGUUCCAAGGAUUUCUUACUCUUUUUUUUUUUUUUUGUGAUUGAUUUUGUUUUUUGAAGACAGAGUUCUAGGCCAUUGUUGCUUUUAAAAAUCAAGCAGCAUUUAACCUGUACAGGUGCAGGAUGAUUGUGGAUAUAAACUGUGAACAUUACAUCUUCAGUGCCAAGACUGCCUGCCCUCAAGGAACUAUGGUAUACAAUGUGCAUUUGUGCUCACCAUGGAUGUGCAGGGAAGCAUGUUGGGUGUUUGAAAUCAAAACUCAUGCCUGCAUCCCACCAGCUUGUCUGAGAGGAUCAGAGGCAUUGGUGGCAUGGACUCUAGUGGUCUUCACAGUGAGCUUCUCUCACUGAUGCACUGACAAGACGGUGUUCUAUUUAGAUCUCAAGAUAAUCAUAACAACAAUUAUUUAUGCAGCUUAUGUAACUGAGUGUUUGUCUGGGGUUCUCCAGCACUUGCUGUCUUUAGCCCACAUAUUGUUUCAUGCACUCUGCUAGAAUUAAUUUGCACUGGAGAAUUACUUGUGUAUCUUAAGGGACAGUCCGGCCAAAAAUGACAAUUCUAUCAUUUACUCAUCUUCAUGUCGAUCCAAUCCUAAUCCCAAUUUUUUUUUUUUUCAAAAUUUAUGUAUGUGUGUGUGUGUGUGUGUGUGUGUGCGUGUGUGUGUGUAUGACCAUGGACCACGAAACCAGUCUUAAGUGUCAAUUUUUCAAAAAUGACAUUUUACAUCAUUUGAAAGCUGAUUAAAUAAUGUUUCUAUUGAUGUAUGGUUUGUUAGGCUGACAAUAUUUGGCCGAGAUACAGCUAUUCGAAAAUCUGGAAUCUGAGGGUGCAAAUAAAAAAAAAAAAAACUAUUGAGAAAAUCACCUUUAAAUUUGUCCCAUUGACUGGACUGGAUAUUCCAUACAAGAAAGGAACAUCAUACAGUACAUCAUACAAUUUCUGAACAUCAGGUUGAGUAAAUAAUGACUUAAUAUUCAUUUUUGAGUGAACUUUCCCUUCCGAGCAUGAAAAGAAAAGAGGUUAUCAAUUUAACAGUAUCUGAGAGUCUGGCGGGUUGCAGUAAUGCACCAUUGAUCAUCAUUACAUCCCUCUUCUAUUUACACUCAAAAGGCCUUUCUUCACCUGGGUUUUUUUUUCUCAAAUUUGUUAUACUCUUUUAUUUUUUUUACACACAAUUCAGUGUUCAUCUGUUUCUUUCAUAUUGCUCAUUGUAUUGUUUGUUUCACCCAAAUCUUUUUUUUUUUUUUCAGUAAGGAUUUUUAAUUCAGUCAUCUUGAGGGUUUAGGUGUAGGGUGCUGCUGAGGGACUGAGGCGUUGUCUGCAAUGUUCACUUUUUCUUUGAGGAACAGCCUCUCCAAAAAUGUAUGCGUAAUAUUAUCUGAUUUUGAAUAACACUUUACAAAAAUAUUCAAUAUGUUAUCAUUAGUUAAUGCCUUGUGGGAUCUCAACUAUUUUUUACAGCAUUUAUGUAUCUAAUUUGUUGUUAAUUCACUAAACAAUAUAAAUAUAAUUGUUAAUUGUCAUAAAGUACAGGAGUCUGAAUUAAAAUUGUAAUGAUGCUGAAUAAAUAAUGCCAGUUUCUGAUAACUAAA